AUGCAUGAAGUGCAAGAUGGAAAUGAGUUGUCAUCUCAUAGAGCACAUGUGUUUGAAAGGAAAAUCGUUAAAAUCAUACAGGAUGAAGGCUCUACUAGUCCAGGGAGUAACGAAGAGAAAGUUGGUACUGGAUUAAAGAUUCUGUUUCUAAUCAUGUCUUCUGAAGGACAAGGAUCUACUAGACCGCCAACAACAUCAAAACCGGGAGGUAAAGAUCCAUGUUGGCUAUAUGGGGAGAGAGUUGGUUCUGAUACAAGUAAAGUUAAAUGCAAAUACUGCACUCAAAUUCUCAAUGGCGGGAUUAGCCGAUUCAAACAACACCUAGCAGGAAAGAGGGGAAAUUGUGCGCCGUGUGUGAAAGUACCCGAUGAUGUUAAGGCAAAAGUUUCUGAAGAUGAGGAGGAGGAUAACUCCAUCACAUUGAGUAGUCAAAGAAGCUCGUCAUCCUCCCACAAGGUAAUUGGACCAAUGGACUCCUUCGCCGCUCGUUCUCCCGAGGAGAUUGCCCAAAUAGUAGGAAAGGGGAAACAACCAACGAUGGACUCCAAACUUAAGAAGAAGAAAAGGGAGGAUGUAUUGCGAUACGUCUCCAAAUGGUUCUAUGAAGCCGGCAUUCCAUUUCAUACCGCCACGCUUCCCUCUUUCCAUCAAAUGCUACAAGCUAUUGGCUUGUUUGGAAGUCAUUUGCAAGCUCCAUCCAUGUAUGAACUGAGUGAGACAUGUUUGCAAAAGGAAGUUGAAGAGACAAAAGAAAUUGUUGAAAACUUUAAAAGGACUUGUGUUGUCAAUGGUUGCUCGAUAAUGACCGAUGCAUGGAGUGAUCGGAAGUCUAGAAGCAUCAUGAACAUAGUUGUACAUUCUGCUGGGAGAGCUUGUUUUUUAUCUUCACAUGAUGCAUCGGCCGAUAAGCACGAUGCUAAGUAUAUCUUUGAUUUUGUAGACAAGGCUAUUGAUCAGAUAGGGGAGGCAAAUGUGAUACAGAUAGUCACUGAUGGAGCUUCAAACAAUAUGGCAGCUUCUAAGUUAUUGCUUGAGAAGAGGCCAAAUAUAUUUUGGACGACUUGUGCUGCACACACGGUGAACUUGAUGUUGUGUGAUAUAGCAAAGAUAAAACCCAUUCGUAAUGCCAUUUUAAUGGGGAGGAGUGUAUCAGUGUUCAUAUAUAAUCACACCAAGCCUCUUCAAUUAUUUAGGGAGUUCACUAAGGGUGAUCUUGUGAGACCGGGAGUUACAAGGUUUGCUACGACAUUCCUUUCUCUACAAUCAUUAAGAGAUCAUAAGAAAGAGAUGAGGCAAAUGUUUAUCUCUGACAAAUGGACAGAUUGUAGCCUUUCAAGAACAUCAGUGGGUAAAAAGGUUGCGGAGAUAAUUGCUAGCAACAAGUUUUGGGAUAAUAUAGACUUUGCCCUCAAAGUAUUCACUCCUCUAGUGAAGGUUCUUCGAAGAGCGGAUGGUGAUAAAAUCGGUUCGAUGGGAUUUAUAUAUGGGGACAUGUUGGUGGCUAUGGAGGAGUUGAAACGCCUAGGGUCAUUUGGGGAUCAAUUUGCGAGGCGAAGUGCUAUUAAGGGUGAUUGUCCGGUUACUUGGUGGAGGCUUUAUGGAAACGAUACUCCCGAGUUAAGGAAGAUGGCAAUGAAGAUUUUGGGCUUGACAACUAGCUCUUCGGCUUGUGAAAGAAAUUGGAGUACAUUUGAGAUGAUUCAUACGAAGAAGAGGAAUAGACUAACUCAUAAAAAACUUCAUGAUUUAGUCUUUGUCAAGUUCAAUGCAAAGUUGAAGAAUAAGCAUGCCGUCCCAAAUAGAGAUCCUUUAACAGCCUACGAUGAUGAGGAAAGAGUCACUGAAUGGUUGUUGGGUGAGGAGGAGAAUAAUAGUGAUGAUGAAGUAUUUCCGGGAGAGUGUUUAACUUUUAGGCAAGUUGGAGAUAUUUCGGGAGCUAAUCCAAGGAAGAGAAAGAGUGGAAGGUUGCAAACUUAUAAAAGAAAGAAGGGAUCAUCUUCAUCGAAAGGAAAAGAGCCGAUGGAAGAUGAUGAGGAAGAAGAGAUGGAUGCGUUCUUCACGGAGUCGGAUGAGGAUGCUAAUGCUACUUUUGAGGAUGAUGAUGAAGAUGGAUUCUAGACUUUCUAGUUAUCUUAUCUUUUAUGUUAUUAUGGAUUUGCUCUUGAAUGUUAAACAAUUUUAAACU